ACUUGUAAAAGAGUACAUAGUUUAGUUGUGUAAUUUGUAUGUAUUGCGAAAUGUACUAAUAUGCUCCAGUCAGAGUGUUCAGACAGAUGAUUAUUGAGUGUUAUAUGUUGCUUCAAUUAGUUCAAUUGGCUAUUGACAAUUUUGCUCAACCGCUGAAUCCUCAACGCCUAUAGCCUUGUCACUUUGUCAGUUGUCGACUGUGGCUUAUGGCGCAAGUGUGUUUUUAGCGUUUUUGCUUUGUUGGUUGAAGUUAACUUAUUGAGUUUCUGACAUUCUCCAAGACGUCGAUAAUUUAUACCGUAAUUUUUACCUGAAUUUUAUUAUUUAUACCACCGAUUGCUGAACAACAAUUUUUUUAUUAGCUAUUAACAAGACGUAGUAAACUAGUGAGUAUCUACUAGUUACUCCCUGCUUACCUUUAAAACAGUUCUCUUAAAUACACUGUACAGACAUAAAUCUUAAUCGUGAACAUUUUAUAAUAAUAUUAAUAGUCAUGAUAACAUUUUCACUGUAAAUCACGUCAAUCACGAUAUUGAAUAACUAAUAACUUAUAUUGAAUUAAGAAGUUAUUAUUAAUUCUAUUGUACAAUUUUGCUUAAAACUUCCCUAAUUUUCCAACGUGAUAAGUUUAAUAUCGUAUUAAUUGCUAUUAACAGAAAACAGUACAUAUUAUUACCACCGUACCACUGUUCGUAGUAUAAAAUCAAAAUACUAACACAUUUAGUAUUAAUUUGUUGUGUGUCUAGUCUUAAGAUAGGUGUCUGUACGUCGUGCGUCAACUAUCGUUUGUACUGUGCAACAAUUUUUAUAUCGCAGCUAAUCUUAGUUAACGCUGUCGUAUUGACACCUUUCGUACAUACGAUAAGUUUGCUGACAAAUUCACUAUUGCCAAUCUGUGAAAUAUUCCUGGUAACACAUUAUUCAUCUUGCUCACUGAUGAUGUCUGAGACCAACAGCUCCAGUUCCAGAGAAGAAAAUACAAAUAUCGAAUCCAUGUCAAAUAUAUUUGAAUGUGAUGAUCAGCAGCAGACUACAAUUUCUACUGAUAAUGUAACUGUGAAACUUGAAAAUGAAAAUACUGAAGCAACUUCUGAGGUUGGGUCUAUAACAUAUGAGUUAGAUGAAAAUGGAUGUAUUGAUGAAGAUUUACCAGAAGGAUGGAUAAAAUGUAAGCAUGACAGUGGUAUGCCAGUUUAUUUAAAUGAAGAAAUGAAAGUUUGUUCAUUUUCCAAACCAUAUUUUCUUGGAGUUAACAGCCUCAAGAACCAUAAAAUUCCAGUGGCAAAUAUUCCUUGUUUAGAUUACAAACUUAAAUUAGAAAAAACGAAUAAAGAAAAAUACCCUGUAACAUUAAGCCAUGAACAGUAUCGAGAAUAUUGCAGUAAAAUAUUUAAAUUCAAAAAUAUUAAAUUUAUGAGAUUUAGUUCUUGGGAUAAACGACGUGAAUAUAUUAGAAUGGUAAAAGCUGAUCGAAGACGUAAAGAUCUUCCAAAAUUAAAAGACAAGUCUCAUUUAAUGUCAUUUCCAGUUCAAGAACCAGAUGUUAAAAAUGAUUGUAAUACAUCCAAUCCUGAUGAUCAAUGGACUAUUAAUCUAAAUGGUAAAAGCUAUGUUAGCAUAUUGCACGAAUACAUUCAACGUGUACUCAAGACACAGCCGUCAUAUGAGUUUAAAGAACUUGAGAAUGCUAGGUAUCCUUACUUAGCCACAGUAAUCUUAGAUGGCAUGCAAUAUGGUAUUGGUAUUGGUUCAAGCAAAAAACAAGCUAAACUUGAUGCUGCUAGAGCUACACUAGAAAUAUUAUUACCAUCUGUGAAAAACCAUAUCCAAAUUAACCGUAGACAUGCAAUGAAUGAACGUCAAGGUUGUAGUAAUUUUGAUGGAGAUGUACUUUUUGAUAAACUAAACAUUAAAGACUCUAGAAUACCAGAAUUUUGUGCUCAAGCAGCUGAAUCUAUGCCAUAUGAUAUGUUGCAGAUUUGUGUAAAAAGAAAUUUUGGUGAAGACGCUAAUGUAAAGUGUGAAAUGCAAAGUAUGCAAAGUGGAUCUGAUUCUGAAAUUUUUUAUCGUUGUACCAUGACUGUUAAGGAACAUUCUGCCACUGUUAUUUGUAAAAAUAAACGUGAAGGACGUCAAAAAGGAGCUCAAGCUCUAUUAAAGGUGCUACACCCUCAUAUUAAGUACUUUGGGUCUUUAUUAAGAUUGUACAGCCAUCAAAACGUUGGAAGUGGUUGUGAGAAAAAACUAGAUGAACCUGGAAAUCAAAGCCCAAAGCCUAGGAGUGGUCCAAAUUAUGAAAUACUUAAAAAACUGAGAGCAGAAAUGUCCAAACUUUAAUUAAGUAAUAGAAAUAAAAGUUGUAUAAAUUGACAAACAAUAGGUUAAGUUAUGCCAAAAAAUAAUUUUAGUGUAGAAUUUUAUGUAUUUUUAAUUCGCUUAUGACGCUAACAGAUUUAAAUCAAUAAAGACUAUAAUACAAUCA